AUGGCAUCCGAAGACAUAUCUCACCUUCACAAUCUUUCGCUCUCUGUAAAGCGGCCCAAAGGAAUUCUCAAGAACUCACAUCGCCGUCCCUCUCAGGCUCAGACAAAUGUGAAGAUAGUCUCGCCUAUAGUCCCAGCCUCUACUCCAAGGAAAAAUUAUGAUUUAAAAUCUUCAUCUGAAAAAGAUGUAACUCUCCAGAAUACCCUGAAGAAUGCAGGUCUCCGCCGGUCUAUCUCUACUACUCGCCUAUCUCAAUCACGACGUUCAUCCGGUAACUCUACGACAGCUCCAAAUGGCGAGGAUAUGAGCAUGCGCCUCAAAUGGGAUGAAGUCAAUCUCUACUUGACUGAACAAGAGCGAAGCUCGACUAUGAAAAUUGACGAACCCAAAACGCCAUUUGCGAGACAUUAUGAUCCUGCUGAGGACGAAGAAGAGAUAAGAAACCUUGAUGCUGUUGACUUAUUCGAAGAGGAGUUUGAGAAUUCUCGCACUAUCACAAGUCCUAGUUGGGAAUCGCACACUAAGGAGGAAGAGAUUCCAGGCCUGAGUCUAGGGGAGCCCGAGGAGGCUGUUCCAGAGCAGGAAGCCGCUUCUCGCCCGUCAAAGAAGGAGAAGACUGUUUACGUGGCGGGAGAGGAUCAUGUGGGAUUUAGUCAGGAGGAGCAGGAGAAGCAUCGAAAAUUUGAAGAGAUGCGCAAGAAGCACUACGAAAUGAAGAAUGUGGCAUCUCUACUCAGCAGCCCUGCCGAAGAUGACACACUAGACGAGGAGGAGGACAUGGACACUGCCUAA